GACGGCUUGGUUUUCAAAAACAAUAAAUUUUUUAAAGAUCAUCCGACGGCUCUAAGAAUUAUUAUGUUUCAAGACACAUUUGAGCCUUGCAAUCCGUUAGGUUCUUCCAAAAAGAAGCAUAAAACGUUGGGUGUUUACAUGAUUCUAGGCAAUUUGCCUACAUAUUGGUCCAGAGUUGAUAAUAUAUUGCUGGUUGCAUUGGUAAAAGAGGCCGAUAUAGAACAUUAUGGAAUGUCUGCAAUUUUUGACGUAAUUGUUAGGGAUUUACAAGUAUUGGAGUCAUUUGGUUUAGAACAUGAAGGUCAGAUUUUCAAGGGUGCUUUAUUUGCAAUGUUAGGCGAUAAUUUGGGUAGCCACCAAAUCGGUGGUUUCUCAGAAAAUUUCAGUACGUCGUCAUAUACGUGCAGGUAUUGCUACAUUGAAAAAAAGAAUAUUAACACAGUUUUAGAAGGUUUCAAAUUACGUACAAAACAAGCGUACGAAUCAGACUUAGAUAUGAAAAUGAUGAUAAACGAUAACCAAUAUAAGGGGAUAAAAAGUAAUUCUGUGUUAAAUUCUUUAAGUAACUUUCAUGUUUGCAAUCCCGGUUUACCUCCAUGCUUAGCCCACGAUAUUUUUGAAGGUGUCGUCCAAUAUGACUUAAUGAUAGGUUUAAAUGAUUUAAUAAAGAAAAAGCAUUUUACAUUACAAACCUUGAACCACAGAUUUCAAAAAUUAAAAUUAUGCAAUAGCACUACCGUGAACCUUCCUCUUUUUAAAGAUAAAAAUGAUAAACUACCAGGGACUGCUCAUGAGAAUAUGCUCUUUUUACAGUUAUUACCUUUUGCAGUAUCUGAUUUAAUAAACGAUUUCGAGGAUCCGACUUGGCAGAUGAUCUUAUUAUUAAGAAAACUUACAAACAUACUUUGUAACAAUACGGUGAAUUGCUUUGAUAAUUUAUAAAGAUAUUCCCAAUUUCUUUAUAUCAAUUUUAUUGUAAUUGGUUUCUAAUCUGAUCACAACCUGAUAAAUACAAAUAUAAACUCUUAUCUUUAAACAAUUUGGUCAUUACCUGAUACCAGCACAAUCUAAACUAAAUUAAAUUACAACUGCCUAAUGGCUAUCAAAUUUGUUUUCAGACUCUAUUCAACAACCACGUUUCUCAUGACAAUAUACAUGCAAUUGUUUUCGUGCAACUAUAAAUUAUUUUUUAAAUUAAAUAUUUGUUUCCAUACAACUUCUAGCUGUUGAACUCUCUUCUGGGCAAGUAGCCUACUUAAAAUCUCGAAAGAAUACCUUACAGAACGUAUUAAAAUCUUUCCUAAUGCAUUAUUCUCACCUAAUGCUUCAGUUUGGCCCCUUAAAGCAUUUGUGGAUGUUACGUUUUGAGUCCAAACAUAGAUAUUUUAAAAGCAUAGUUAAACAUUCUCCCAAUUUUAAGGACGUCCUUUAUUCUUUUGCUGAAAAACACCAGAUGUUACAAGCUCUUCAAGCAAGUCAGCCUUCUAUUUUUACGGAUAAAGUUAUUUCUGAAAAUGUAAUCGUAUACGAUAGUAGGUAUUACUCAGGGGAAUUUCGUUCUAUUAUACAGAAAAAUAUGGCUCCUAAUAAUAAUGUGCUAUUUCUGUGUAAAUGUGCAACGUACAGGGGAGUUAAAUUUACAGAAAAUUCAUAUUUUUGUUACCAUAGAGAUGAAUACGGAGAUUUUCUGAUCCUUAAAUUGCAUUAUAUUAUUAUAAAUCAGGACUAUUCAAACAUGUUUUUAAUUGGGCAAUCAACUAAACUAUCAUAUGAUGGGUGUACAGGCCUAUAUUACAAAUGUUCGAACGGUGACACCAAGGAAAAAAUGGUUGGCUGUUUCCAUGAACAAUUACUGCAACAUGAACCACUGUACCAUUGUUUUGUAGAUACUGCGGAUGCGUUUUAUUUCAAGUCUGCACCAUUAAUAUAUCAAUAAAUGUAUAGAAACUGAAUAGGUAACCAUAACGUUUAUCCGAAUGUGCUAUAUAAAGGGCGAUUUAUACCGGCAGUCAAAACAUAAAAAUUGUGUUGUAUAUGGGAUCCUAAACAAAAAAUACGAAAUAUUUUUCCGUUCGGCAUAUCGAGAAAUUAAGUUUUUGUUUAUAAAAUAAAUAAAAUUUGUAAUACCAUGGGAAUUGCACUGAAACAAACGCUACUUAUUAAUGUGAUGAAGAGCAAAAUUGAAACCAAAAAUUUAUUCUUCGUUUAGAAUCCCAUCUGUAACACGAAUUUUCAUUUCUCCCCUCCUGGUAUAAAUCACCCUGUAUACAUGGUGAGAGACUAAGGUUACAACUGUCUAUAGCAAAUGUCAAAAUAUUGAAUAAUAUCUCAAAUAAAAUUUGUUCGGAAUUACUUAAGUGUUUAAUAACAUAAAAAUAUUUUCAAAGAUGGUGGACAUCCGGUUACAUGGGAAGUGGACAUAACUUUGUUAUUCUCAAGGACGUUAAAAAUACCUGGACGCGGCAUUACCCAUCUACUAAAUUGAAGUCAACAUGUACUUAUAGGCGCGGGUGGGAUGUUGACUUCACAACAAAUCGCGCAAUGCCGUGUCCAGGUAUUUUGAACGUCCUUGGUUAUUUUGUAUUAUAAAUUUUAGUAUUUCCCAUAAAAAAGCAGUUUAUUAAAGAUGCAUUUGGUCUCAGACGAACCGUUCUGGGGUCUACUUGGAAUAGUCAAUUGUAUCAAUAAAUGUUAUUAAAUUUGAAAAGUAAAUGUUCUUCUAAUACUUGACAGGUUAUGUCUUUCAAGAACGAAUCGUGGAAACGGUAACCGUCUAAAACCAGAAUAAUGUAACAUUAAUAAAAAUCGAGAUAAAAACUAACCUUUUUUAUAGGGAGUUCAAAACUGUAAUCAUAGAGCGUUUCAUUUAAAACGAAGUCUCCACUUCCGAUUUCCGAUAUAACCAGAAGUCCUACAUCUUUGAAAAUGUUUCUUAUUAAGCACUCAAUAUUGAACAAAUUGUAUUUGAAAUAUUCUUCUCUACUGUUCACCGUACGUUGCGGUAGACCGAUUUUGUCCUACUCACUCACCGCAGGACCACCGAAAAAGUUCUAAAAAUCAUAUCUUGCAAAGUAGUAAAGAAACAAUUUUAAUAGCAAUUUACUCGAUAACUCGACGAGUUUUUUAAGACAACUGUUUAACGGUAUUCUGGAAUAUUUAUCACACGGAUCUACCUUGUGUUAACAGCAACGAUUUCCAGAGACCGAAAAUGUGGACGUUAAAUUUUGAACUCAGCUAUAACCACAAAACGCAAAGUGGUUUCACUUUCUUCAUUACUUUGGAAACUAUGAUUUUUUGAAAUGUAUGCAACCUUUUUCGGCGACUCUGACAUCUGUAUAUACGUACAUACAUACAAGAAUAUUUCAGAUUUCAAUUAUGAACGAAGAAAAAGUUUUUUUUUAAAUUUGGAAUAACUUCCGAACAAAGAAGUCCAUUGUGGUACUAAAUGCUGCCGAUGAAAAUCUGUACGAAAAUUUAGUGCUAAGAGAUGGCAGCCUACUUGCAAGCACUGUUUCACUGACGUCUAAUGCUGAACAGGUACCACUUGUAGAGGAGCCAUAUUUAUUUCUGGAAAUACCGACUAAUGAUGUCGAUCCAAAGGGAUCGCAAAAUUUAAAUGACAGCAAUCCGGCCGUUCAAGAACUCUCCAUACAAAAUUUAAACGCACCCGAAAGGCUAAUAACGGAAAACUUUUGGAGGACCUUUCAGGUGCCAUAGAUGAUGAUGGUGUAGUACUUGGUGAUGGUUCAAGUACCCUACUUUUAAAAUUAAAAGACCGUAACGACUACAAAAAUAGCCUUAAGAGACGAAGUAAACUUUCACCUACUUCAAUUGCUAAGAAGACGACAGUUUAGACGAACAGAUUGUAAGUCUCAAUGAGGGAUUUUCAACAAUGGACGAUAAACGACUCUUUGAAUUAUUACACAACACAUACGAACGACAACGCUUUUAUAUAAACAAUGAGACUCCGUCUAUUACACAGCUACAAAAAUCGUGGCCUUGUCUGUUGCACGGAAAAGUUUUGUACUGGAAUUACAGAAGGUUGAUGUGUCAAGAUUUAAACCAGUUGGAAGCUGGCAUCAACAUUAAAAUCGAAAGAAUGUUGGAAUUUGCACGCACUAAAAAAUUAGUUAAGAAAAUUCCUACUGAUAUAAAUGAUCAACAUAUAGAAUUACUGCGAGUGCUAGCAAAGCAAUUUAAAGAACGUUUUGAAAUGAUAUUUAAAAUUCUUCCGGAUCGCGGUCAUGCAGAAGAAGUGGAAUCUUUGAGCCCAUGUAUUAUAUUUGCUCAAGAUGAAAAUAAAUAUAUCGUGGUUAUUGAAAAAAUUCCAAUAAAUGAAGGAUCCGGUUCUUUUAUUGGUGCACUCAAAGAAUUUUAUGCUUGCUUUUUCGUUUUUAAUAUGAAGUACCCUUCUAAGGCUAACUCAACUUUGGAGGUAUUGCAAAGGUACUUCAUGAAAACACAUCCAGAUUCCGGAACGAAGUCUACCACUUACACGAAAUCGAAAUCUGCUGUGAUAAGAUUCGUGCAAUCUUUUUCUGACUAUGUUACGAGCAGCACUAGCAACAAGUAACGUUACGUCGCGGAGAUAUAGGACCCUUUGAUUUUAAAUAACAUUUUCAUGUUUAUUUUGUUUUUAGUAUUUUAGUUGUCAAAGCAUUCACCAUACAUGUAUUUAAUAAUGUCUUAUAUUCAUAAA